UAUUUUUUACAGGUUAAGAUAUACAGAUAUAUAAUGAAAUGAUGGACCUACUUUAUUAUAAUGUAAUAUGUAGCUAUCUUAAGAAUAAAGUAUAUCCAAAAUGCUAACUAUCAUGUCCCUCAUAGUAAUUUACACCUGGAUUUAUUUUAGAUUUUAUUUAUAUGCCUUUAUAUCACGGAUCAUAUGCACGAACGAAUCACCAAAAAAAUGUAUUUCCCUCAAAAGUAGGUGAUCAGAUUUAUGGCAAAAUUUGUUGGCGAUUUUUAAUUUCAGGCUACAAAGGGUAAAAUGGUCUGAGAUUUUACUGUUCGAGCGUUCGCGUAUUGUUCAUAUGUAUGAAGAUAUUUACUAUUUAUAAUAAUAUAACAGAUAACACGUGCCAGUAUCAUUCGCGCAAUGCGGUGUCGCGUAGGAGGCCAGAGUACUAGAUCGACACAUGUAGAAAUCCUAUUAGUGAGAUUAGUAACAUGACAUAAUGUACAACACAGCUCUGUCUAAUGUUUCUACGAAGUAAAACGGUAUUUGCCUUGUUUAUGUUUUUCAUUUAUUUUUUAUUUCACGUGAUUGGAAUUGAUUUAUUGCAUUGAAGGAUGUUGUUACUUAUUUACUGUAUAAAAACAGUAAGGUUGAAAAUCUUUUUGUUACGUCUGUUGUAGAAGGAAUGUAGAAUUCUAUACAAUGCUCUGAGAUCUUUUAUAUUUUCAAUGACAAGUCUACUAUUGAAACGUUUAAUUUUAUUAGAAAGCUAAAUAGCAUCGUGCAAAAGAAACACUACGGACUGCUAUAGUACAAGUACAGUGGUCUCCGGCGUCGUCGUUUCACACUGUCGUGUUCAUUUCGGCUGCAAUACUUGCAGUGUUCCAUUCACCUUAUUGGUUGGCACCGAGGUUCAGUGACUCCGUCGGCGACCGACUAACUCCUUGGAACACGUCAUCUGCGUGCUAAUGCAGUCGUUUCAUCACCUACGACCGAUCGCUGCCUCUUUAAAUUCUGUGUGUGUCCCGUCGCGGCCGUCGAGGCGACCUCAUUUUACAGGCGGUGCGAGCGAGUUUGUCGAGUACAACGCACAUCGUCCGUGCAGCGUUAUGUAAAGUGUUGAGAGCGGUGCAGCAGUGAGCGUUGCGCUCGACCGCGUGCGCGCCCCCCGCAUGCUUCCCUCCUCGCAAUUUCGUCCGCCGUCGGUUUCACUCGCGACGAUCGGCGCUGGGUUCCGGAGGUCGCACUCCUCCCGCCUCGUCCGCCUUCCUCUGAGACGGUGCCGUCCGUCCGCGAACCUCAACGGCCACUCAGUCGUCGAGCGGAUUGUGUCGACGGCGGUCGGCUCCGCAAAUUGACUGUCGCUCUCUCAUCUGCUAUCGCGACAUGCCGAUAUCGAGAAGGCUCGCGUAAAUCGUACUCGCCGCGACCCCUCGCCGAGGAUAUUCCGCUAGCUGCACUUUAUUCGUUUUGGGAGAACUCGUGGACCUCGCAAAUGCACACGCUAUGAGUACAUUUCUAAUUAAUUUAAAGCGUUAAUUGCCGUCAAUAUGAAUAGUUGAAAAAACUAGAAAGUGAAGUGUGAACUGUUAUUAAAUUAUGAUAAAAUCGUAUAGGACGUAAGUGAGGUUAAAACAAUGAGGACUAAUAGUUAACAAUUGUUGUGUCCCAUCAUAGAAUGGGUAUACUAAUGGAAACCACCCGAGUGAAUCUGGGUACCGCCAGCUGCCGAAGACGACGCGCGGAGCCUGAAUUUUUUGGCACAAUGGGAUCUCCUGGCGAAUAUUAUCCCGACACGGUGCACACCAUCGCUAUCAAUACCAGGGAAACAGAGUUUGGUAGUAUCGUCGAACAGAUCCCGAUAACACUGAAAACUUAUCAACAAUUCCCCGUUAACGGCACUCCUUUGAGCGGCUAUGGAUUUCCGUCGCAGCAAAUAAUAUCCUCUUUCGUGCCUGCGCCCCGCGUACCUGAGAUCGAAAUGCCGUCCACUUCGACUUUCCGCCAAAGCCAGGUCAAAGACGAAGUCAAGGAUCACGAUAAAGUUUCAAGGGCCCCGCCUAAAAAGAAGUGGAUUAAAGAAUAUUUAGAGGAGGAGCCCAAAUCGCCGGUUUCGGUGCGGGUAGUGACGGGAUUGUCGGUAACACCGCGCAGCAACGGCGUGGUUAGACCAACGUCGCCGGUGCCGGUGGCACCCCCUUGCACGCCCGCGCCCUUGCUUGCUGCUGCCGCCCCUGAUCCGGUCUCCUCGUUGGCUGCGACCGCCCCCGCUCCUCUUGACUUCGUACAAGAACAUUCCAGGCCACGAACGACGAGUAAUAGUCAUGGGCCUCCCCAAAUCCCCUCCCCACCUUCAGUGAGCAGCAAUGGCAGCGGUAGCGGUAGCAGCGGCAGCAACAAUAGCGCACCCCGCGCGGGCACCCGCGAGGUCCACAACAAACUCGAGAAGAACAGGCGGGCGCACCUGAAAGAAUGCUUCGAGCUGCUGAAGAGACAACUGCCCGCCACCCCAGAUGACAAGAAGACCUCAAAUCUGUCUAUACUCGGGUCAGCCAUCAGGUAUAUUCAGGUGCUCCGACGCAAGGAACGCGAAUGUGAGCACGAAAUGGAACGUCUAGCUCGCGAGAAGAUCGCGGCGCAACAACGGCUAGCCGCCUUGAAGAGAGAGGUAUCGGUGCGUGCUACCGUGCGCCCUCGGAGUAUCGAUUCGGCAAGUGAAGAGAAAGAAGAAAAUGUAAAUGGGCAAAUUAUAGGAAUUCCUAUAAGUAUUACAUCUUCGCCCCCGCGAUCCGUAGUUACUAGAAUGGAGGCUUCACCCCCCCGCACCCUAAACCUAAGCACUAAAUUGCGUACGCUGCCGAUACAAAUAACGCCAACCACCUCACAGGUUGUUCGGACUUCAUAUGGUUCCAGACACAAUACCCUGACGCUGACCACACUGGCACCCGCCGAUGGUCCUACGCAGAACGGACAAUCGGUGGAAAACGGAGUGGCCAGCACUCUGAGCACUGCCUUAGUUCACCCCGCACAGAUACACCUGCCCCUCUCACAGGUGGUGGGGAGUGGCGGAUUAGUAGUAGGCCCAGCGGCGUUACAGUUGUUAUCUGCUGGCGGCGGACUAAGAGUUCUACAAGCGCCAACGAUACAUACCAAUGGAAUUUCCACGGGAGAUAACAAUAGGGUACCUAAAGAAAACGGGAUUGUGUCGCCGACGCCCGUAUCUACAGAAGGAGGCAGCGUGGUUGUGAGUGGGCUCACUCCGCUGGUCGUCUCGCAGCCGGCCGCGCACUUGUUACAAACGCACACGCUUACACACAAGAUGGUAGAAACCCAAAUGGUGAAAGGCACAGUGGCGCCACUGACGGUGAGCGCGCAGUACCUAAGUGCCACCACAAUCAUGAAACCCGUGGUGGUGGUGUCGAGUUCCCACACAGCGCCGGCCGCCACCUCUGCCCCUGCGGCCGCGCCGCCAGCGCCACCUACGUGAGGGUACCGCCGCGCCCGCCUUCAUGCCGCGUGAACUUCUUAGCGCCUCAUAGACGCCUGGUACUUUGAGACUUGAUUAGUUAAGUAAUGGUUAAUCAGCUGUGAAAUUUGAAAGUCAGUGUUUAGUUUGUGAGCAUGAUCGUCGUAAUUCCAUUGGAUGAAAAUGGGCGCGAAUAAUUCCUGCGUGAGCGGGAUCUUUUCCGACAGUGCCUACAUGUCUCUCCGUGGUUAGAUGAAAUCUGUGUACUGCCAAUAUUUUCUAGCAAUAAUACGAUACAAUGAGUGGCAUGUUAUGUUAGCGGGCUGGAUUAUGUAACCGAAAUCACACCUAUCCAAGUUUCUGUGCGCCUGCUACCUCACCUGGACGUGACUGCAAUCAUUCCUAUUGAAACGCGACACGGGUGAACAGGUAAAAAUGUACAGAUUUUUCAGAAUAAUAAGAAAGUGAAAUGUGAAAAGGUCGCGUUUUAGCGCGUCUUAUGUUAAGAUCGCGCGUAUGUAUAAAUGUAUUUAUGCAAUACCUAAUUAAUUAUUAGUGAUUUUGUUUAUUUGAGAUGGUGAUAGCAAAGUGACAAGUCGUGAUGUUUGAACAUUUGUGGACAUGUAUAAAAGUAGGCCAAAUAAUUUUAUUCGAAAUAAAUUGUUUACUUAUUUAAAAUCAAUGUAAUAUACCCAACUCAGUACUGGUUGCAAACAAUAACAAUGUGAAUGUGGAAUGUUUUAUUUUUAAUAGUUAUUUAUUAAUGACAAAAAAUAUUUAAACUAUAAAUAGGGAACAAACUGUAGUUAAACGUGAAAUGGAUCGGAGCGGAUACCUUCGUUAAAAACAGAACGAAUGUAAUUUAAUAUUAUUAGUCAAAUUAUAUACAAUGCAUAUGGUUAAUACCUACUUGAACUUGUCUGUCAAUAAAUCCAUGUAUAAUAGAUAGUUAAAAUGUUAUAGAUUGACAAGUGAUGCAUGUGCUAGGCAAUCUGUAUCUUGUUCAGUGUCCAAAUUCUUGUUUGCAUACGUUGUGAACUAAAUUGAAACUUAUAUCAAUAUUAAAUGUUUUAAUUUGAUCCAAUUUGGGCAUUGAAUAAGUUUAAAUGAAUAUCCAUUGAUUUACAAUCUCAAGAUAUACUAUUAACACUCUAAAUGUAGGGCGCAUUCUGUGGUUAACCAUGUAAAAAGAUGUCGCAGUGCACAUUAAAAACUGCUUAAAUAAUCGUUAUUUAAUAACUUCAGUUAAUGGAGUUACAAGAAAUGUAUAUAAAAAAGAUGAUAGAACUAUAUUACAUAUGGUAUUAUCGAAAUGGUGAACCAGAGUGGAGAGGAAUUUCUUAUUGAUUAAUAAUAGCGUUUGAAGAAAUUAUAGAAAACAGUUUAGUGGUGGUUUUCUUAUAAAUUGAAAUAGCGCCCUCGUUUAUAUCUGUGAUAAUAACAUUUGAUUUUAGGUUAAUUGUAUUUAGUCUUUAUCAAGCCGGUGACAGUUUCCAAACGCGUUUUUGUGUCACGAGCGAUAUCUAGGGAUUGUAAAUCAAUGUUACCUAUACCUAACCUACCUGUUUCCCUUCAACUCACAACUGUGAAAACGUAGAAUUAGAGCAAAAGUGUACUUGUUAUAAAUAUAGAAUAACGGGAUAAAAUUUAUUUUUUCUAUAUAAUCUGUGAUGUGCCGUAAGGUAGAUACUGUAAAAAAUUCUUGUACAAAAAACAUGUCUAAUAGGUGUCGUCAAUUUCUAACAGUUAUAUAAUAAAAAAAAAAGGAAGUCAAUAAAUGAAUAAAUUAAUGAGUUAGGCAUUAAAAUUUGUGGCUUAUAUGUGUAAAUGCAAUAUUAAUUGGUGAUAUGCGCCGGCAUUAAGUACUAGGAGACCAGGAAUAGUCAGAAAGUGAUUAUUUGGUGAUUUUGAAAACUGGAAAGUACAAUACAUGUAUUAAUUGGCGUCGGCUUAUUCCUGUAUCAAUCUGGAACUAGUAAGUAGUACGAGCUAGUGUCUACGUCUGGCACGGGCCGCGCGGCCGUCCUCACAUUGUGCCUAAUUUAACUAAUCGGUUUUAUAUGUGUAUAAAAAUUACUGCUAGACAGGGCAUUCGUUGUGUACCAGAUAACAACAAAACACUGUUGGUGUUCACAGUUGACUUUAAAAUUGAUGUUUAUAAAAAAAGUAUUCGUGUUUCUGGGAUCUUGGUGGUUGAUCAACGAUUAAGUUUAUUAUGCUGGGUUUACACGUUUGUCUAAUAUCACAAUUAUGUCCAAAGAAAGAGUGGAUAUGAUUUUACUUGAGUAAAAUUGCAAUUUAUAAUUUGUUCACGAUUUGGAAGCGGAUGCCAAACUUUGUCUUUGUAAAUUCCCAAAUCUUUUAAUUUUGCAUUUUUUUUAAAAUAAAAUCUUUAUUUAUUUAAACUGUAUGGCGAUAGCCGAAACGAGUUUGAUAUCGUCCGAUAUGUAUAUAUUUGUAUUUUUAUUCGGCUUUUGCGUUGUAUUUGCAGAUUUACGAGACAUUCAGCAAGUUAUAAAUGUGUGUACCCAGCAUUAUGUUUAAUAUCCAAUUGUAAAAUUGUUACAUAUCGUUCAAUUCGCAGUAAACAAUUUGAAUAGAACCAUAGAUAAAGAAAGUUGCGCAGGAGACGCGUUUGUAUGUAGAAUUGUUACUCGUGCUGCGCAACUGAUGUCAUAUCGAGUUAAUUUGUCGGUAACGAUAUAUCUAGUAAAAUACCUUAUUAUUUUAUUUAUAACUGAAUGAAACACUAGUUUCACUAGAAUUAAUCACAGGUUAAAAUCAUCCCAAACUCCCUUUAUGAUUUAAAUCUUUGUUAACACGAGGUUAAGAAUAACAAUUUACGAUUUUGAGGUUAUGCUACGUACAGAUCGCAGCAAACAGCUUAAAUAAAUCCAUAGAUAUUUAAGCUUGCGCAAUACAUGUUUCUGUAAAAUCAUGCUCAAGUUACUUGCUGGUAUCAUUUCGAUAACUCUAUGUCUUAACUUGUUAAGUUUUACCAACUUGAACGUUAAAAUUGUUAACAAUGUUAUUAAUGUGAGGUGGACACACGUUAUGCGUUAUAUAAAUGGUAGUAAUUCACAUCGACGACCUUAACUGGUCGUUUUAUAAUUUUCUGUGGCAUAGCAUGUUACGACACAAUUCUAUACUUUUAUGUGGCAUAGCAUGGUACGGCACAAUUUUAUAAUUUUACGUGGCAUAGCAUGGUACGGCACAAUUUUAUAAUUUUACGUGGCAUAGCAUGGUACGGCACAAUUUUAUAAUUUUACGUGGCAUAGCAUGUUACGGCACAAUUUUAUAAUUUUACGUGGCAUAGCAUGGUACGGCACAAUUUUAUAAUUUUACGUGGCAUAGCAUGGUACGGCACAAUUUUAUAAUUUUACGUGGCAUAGCAUGGUACGGCACAAUUUUAUAAUUAUACGUGGCAUAGCAUGGUACGGCACAAUUUUAUAAUUUUACGUGGCAUAGCAUGGUACGGCACAAUUUUAUAAUUAUACGUGGCAUAGCAUGGUACGGCACAAUUUUAUCGUCAUUAUAAUAUAUCGAUAUUAUCUAUCGUCCCAUAUCGUAUGAUUAUUGUGGCGAUGUAUGCUGCACCGUGUUAUAGCGUUCGAUGGUAUUUUCGAAGGAAUUUGCAAAAUGAAAAAUAUAGUAUUUUUAACAUCACAAUAAAGAGAUAAAAUUAUACGCUUAAUUUUCAUGUAAAUUUAAGGUUUAUAUCUAUUCUAUUUCUUAAGUUGUAAUUAUUUAUGCAGGCUUUACUUACGCUUUAAACUCGGGGGUGUUCGUCUAUUUUCGAACUCUAUAGGAGCACUUAUUCAUGAGCGCGGUUUACGGCUGUGUCGCGAACAGCACUGCGCGACCAGCGCGCUGUUUGUCAUUACGCGUGUACUGUCAUCGGCGGUGGUUGUAGGUAAAAUUAAGAGUGUUUAUAUCGAAAUCUGACUCAUACAUAAUCAGUUAAUUUUAAAAAUAAUUUUCAAUAAUUACUAAAUGGUUAUUAAAAAAUGCCAACUUUGUUUUUACCAUUAAAUUCCAACAUUUUAACAAUUGUAUAUUAAGAUACCCGUGUCUGAUAUUUUUAUUUACAUUUUAAGAGUAAUUUAUAAAUUGCUUUAUCAAGUUAGAAUUUUAGUUUAAAACGAAUGACAUAUAAUUCUCAGAUUACGGUACGAAUGUGUAAUACCGUCAUCAAACACACAGUAAUCUAUUAUUUCAUGUAGAUAUUUUUUAACAUUUUUUUUUAUAUGUUUUGUGACAUGUAUUUUCAGUGUAUUUGAUGAAUUUUGCUAGGUGUAUGCAUCAAAUUUUGAUUCUAAACUUUGUAAUUACCUUUCGUUUGGCAAAUGAAUACAUUUUGAAUAGUGAUUUGCCGAAUCAAGCUCAUUCGAAUACUUAUUCGAGUACUCAAUAUACAGAACUUAGACACUCUGAGACAAGGAUAGAGGGGGCUUUUUUAUCCCCCAGAAACAUGUAAUUCGUGUUUAGCAUAUUUCUGAAAUUUUCCUAAUUACCAAACAAAUAAUUUUUAGAUUAUUGAACAUUUAUUUUCUUACUUUUUCUUGUUAUUAUUUACUUUUAAAUUUCAAAAAGCAAUUAGAAAAGCACUUGAAUAUGUCAAAAUUACUCGAAUAUCUAUACCAACUAGAGUUCUCAGAUUCGAUUCGGGAUUCGAUUACAUUUUUAAUGUGUACCAAAAUACACGAAUACAAAAGGGGCAACUCGGUACAUCACUAUAUUUUAACACGGUUGGAGUGUUGCGUAUACCUGGCUUAAUUGUCCACCUCUAUCGCUCAACAUGUUACAUGCUCUCUUGAAAGGUUCCAGUACAAUUUGUAUCUACAUCGACUGACACUUACAGGUCGAGGUGGGUCAAUUUGUAAAUAUAAAAUAAGUUAAUGCUGUGCCAACAGUCGAUGUUGUUAAAUUGUUAAUAACUCCUCGUUGUUUAUGAGUUCCGUGUAGUAUUGUAUGUACAAGAAAUUAAUUUCGUGUUUUGCUGUCGAAUUAGGUAAUAAAUAUUUAAAAACUAUUAAUGAAAUUAAUUUUAAAUAAUACUAUUUUAUUAUUAAAUUAAUUCGCUCAAAUUAUUAUGAAUUAUAUAUGUAUAUUAAUUCUGCUGAAAAUAAUUUCAAUAUUAAUUUUAUUUGUAUGAAAUGAGUUAAUUAGGAAUAAACAUGUAUAUUACCUACAGAUAAUUGUAGAAAAAAGAAAACAUACAAAAUGUAAUUUGCUUUUCUUAAUUUAAUCUAUGAAUUUUAAAAACAAAGUCAUCACGGUGCAAUACCAAUUGUUUCUUUAUUUAUUUAAACUAAAAUGAAUUUUAUAAUCUAUACGUUUUAUUGGCUGUGACUUAAUUUAUCCUUCUUAUGACUACAUGCACAUUAAUUCCGCCUUUUAACCAAAAUCUUCCAACAACUUUGAUAUUUUGUCUCAUUUUAUAUAGUACCUGCAAAUGGUCACAUAAUAAUUUUCUUUGUACAUUAACUAAUUGAUAUUAAUAUUAUAUUUGCCGAAGCCCGCUCCAUGAUUCGAAAUGUUAUAAUCUAAUACUAGACGUUUCUAUAUACAUAGGAAAAAAAAAACAGUAUUUUUUUCAAAUGUGCUUUUGAAGUGAGAGGUUUUUGUCACUUUGCCUAAUGAAUAGGUUGAAUGAAAAUAUGUGUAUAAAUAAUAUAAUAAAGAGAGAAAUUUAUUUUAAUUGUAAUAUUAUUGUGAAGCGAAAAUGCUCAUGUAAAUAAAAUGACUUAGUGUAUAAAGUUCUGAUAUGUUAGAAAUACAAAAGAAUUACAUA